CAAUUUUAUUAAUCUGUUCUUGAAAUGGGUUUAUCCUUUUGGACGGUUCCUAGUUGAGCUUUCAAGUCGCAUUUUCCAUUGGCAAUGGUUGCAAUCAACUCUCUUGAGAAUUGGCAUCGACUUCAUCCAAAGAAGCUUGAACCAUGGCUUCCACAUAUUAUUCCAUACUUCAAUCCUUAUCUGGUUCAGUCUGAUUCAAGAGAAGUGACUACAAGUGCUGCUUCAAGAAGUAUUUCUGGUGCCAAUCGAUUUUCAUCUAGUCGCAUGCGCAGAAAAAUUGCUCGAGUUACAGAAACACAUGGAACUCAAAUUCAGAUGGGCUCGUUUGAACAUAUUCAAUUACGUGUUCAAAAGUUUCUUGGAAAAAUAGGUGGUCAAAGUCACCUUUUGGUACCAGACAUUAAUCUUCUUCAAGUGACUGGAGUGGGUGGAUUGGCUUGGGAUACGAGAAACCAAGUGAGGUUUAAUCUUCCUUUUAGGGAUAUUAAACCUGAUAUCUGGCUUGAUUCAUUACUGUUGAGGAUUGUUGAAGUGUCAACUUCUUCAAGUGACAGACAGGCAAAAAUAGUUGCUAGUGAGUUACUCCAUGCCAUAUGUUUGGUCAUGCUCGGAAACGCUGCAAAGGGACCUGUACGCCGUAAAGGUCAAGAACACCAAAGUGUUCGUUAUGAGAAAAUCUAUAGACGUUUAUUUCCGGCAAUACUUCGGCUUGCGGCCGAUAUGGAGUUGGUUACUAGACAAUUAUUCAGUGUGUUUGUAAAACAACUGAUUCAUUGGUUUACCAGCAACACGCAGAAAGAGAAUCCAGACUCAAUGGCUCUGCUUGACUCCAUACUUGAUGGUGUUGUUGAUGCCGAGAAUGGAUCUCUUAGGGAGUUUUGUGCAGAGUGUUUUGCAGAGUUCAUGCGCUGGUCAGUGCGCCAUGUUUCUACUGAGGUUGAUAAUUUUGUAAAUAUAUCAUCUAUGCUGCAUCGACUUUACACUCGUCUUGAUCAUCCAAAUGCAUACCAUAGAUUAGGAGCAGCAAUGGCCUCUCAUCUUAUCUAUCCAGUACUCAGGGAAAAUGUGUCAAUUGUUGACUGUCAUAUUCUGGAAAUGGCAUUUUUCUGUAUAAAGAGCCUGCAGGUUGGCGAGAAUGAUAGUGAUCAAAUAGGUACCGUGAAACAAAUGGGCAAAGUGCUUGAAGGAAUACAAAGACUGAUAAGAAAGAAUAUCUCUAUAUUGCUGAAGAAUAGGAAAGAUAGGAGGAUGUUCUUGAACAUUGAGGAUUUCCUAGAUUGGCUGUUUUUGCAAACUGGUCGAUCUGAAGAAAAAUGUAGAAAGAAAUGUAUGUGGUUGUUCAAUUCUCUGUGUGAAGUUUUGCCUGUUGGAUCAUCUGCUAAUUGGUUCAAGUCCAAGGUCAAAAAUGUUCAGGAGGUCAAAAACACCUUGAAGGUUUUUGAUACUGGGUUGAGAUUUCCUGACCUAAACAGUGAUAAGUGUACUGCUGAGAUGCUUGAGAUAUGGAUGAAAAAAUUUAUGUGUUGUCUGCAAUGGUUUGAAUGGGCUUUGAAGGGACAAUUAGUAUCAUUAAAUGAUAUAGUUCUGAAGACUGGUGAGGAGAUCUUUGGCAUUGGUUCUGCUAUCACCGGUUUCCUUCAAAAUUCAUGUUGGGACACAUAUCUUAAUUUAUUGGAGCCUUUAACUCCUUCUCAGAAAGAAUAUCACGGAUGUCUAAGAGUAAAGACAAUACUUGAUCUUCUCAAAUUUCUAGAAGUAAUGAUUUAUGUUGAACUUGGAAUAAAGGAGCAGGAUGUAGAAAUAUCUCAGGAAAGGAUGAAAACCCUACUGAAAGAGGAUGGUAGGAUCCAUCAACUUGUACCCUUUAAUGAACCUCAUUUUCAAAACUUGAUAUAUGAAGUUCUUUUCCAUCCCCAAAAAAUUGCUUAUUCAUCAUUGGAGUCCCAAAGUUCAGAGGAUCUUGUGAGGCAAACCAUGAAAAUUAUUAAAAUGUUGUCAUCUGCAUCAUCAACAUUCAAAGAAAGUUUCAUACAUUUGCUUAGGAGCUUGUUAUCUGAAGGAAAAAUCGAAUUCGAGAUAAAAUUCUUGAGCGUCUCCAAACACACAGAUUUAGUAAACAUAAUGUACAUUUUGAAAGGAUAUCAACAAUUACAUCAAGUGGGAAUUUUGCUGCCUGUGUUAGGUAAAGAGAAUACAAAAAGCACUGGACAGAAGUUGCUAAACAGUUUGUUAUCAUUACAACAGCCAUGCCCUCCAGCAUUACAACCUGUUGCUUUGGAGAUUUUAAUAUUGGCCAUAGCAUUGGGUGUCACGGCUUCUCAGUUGUUAGAAUUGGUGUUAGACCAUAAAAGAUUGGGUCAGUCUGGAUCUGAGGAGUCAGCAGAGAACGGUACUGGAAGUCAAUUUUAUUUUAACUUCAGAAAUGUCAUUGUUCAACAAAUAAAGUUUUCAUACAAAGAGUGCCUCUCAGUUUUAUUACAAGAAGCUGUACAAAAUUUCACUGCUAGGCUAUUGUUAAUUGCAGUUCUAGAUGAUUAUUUAAAAAGGGAGAGCAUUACAAAGUCCAGUUUCCUCAGGGAGUACCUUAAACAUGUUCAACUUCUUAAUCCAUGCUGUAAUCCUGAGGCUACCCUUAGUGACAGGUUGUUCUUUCUGGAGAUGCUUCAUAAGCUAUUUAUGCUAGAUACUAGUUGUGACACUGUUUUAGUAGAGAACCAGCCAUCUUUUUGUUUUAUCAUUGAGAGCUAUUUUCUACUUUUCAAUAGUGGUCAACUUGUUCCUGAUUUGGGGGCUACAAAGCUGCUGCAAAGAAAUACAGUAAUGACAGUCAAGAGUAAUGCACUUGUUAUUGCUCCUUAUUUCUUAAAAUAUGCAAUCAACAAUAAGUUUUUACUCCGUCUAGUAGACACCAUAACAAAAGUUGUGACUGAUCAUUUGUUAGUUCGGGAAACAGACAUACCCCAAGGUUCAAAUGAAAGGGUUGCCUAUAUUCAUAUGCUUCAGAGGCUUGAAGAUGCAAUAUUAAUGGCCAAUAGGUUGGAACUGCUGGAAGUUAUUUUCCCACUUUUCCAGAGUCAUGUAAAGCUAGCAAGAAAAAAGGCACAAGAAAUAUUGGAAUCAUAUGCAGAAAUCGUUGAUGAAAAUAGAGGAAUUGCAUGUGUUCAUUGUCUGAAAAUGCUCAAUGAUUUUGACAAAGUCCCAAGCCUACGACGUGCUGUGUUUGAUUACAUGUUUGUCCCAAUGAUCAAAAGAGCUCCUGUUGAUUUUAUUGUUGGGUGGUAUGAAGAUAACAUUGUUGAGUUUAAACAGAUAUUUGAUAAGCGUCCAGACAGAAUUCAAAGUACAUUGGAAACAGAACAAGAUUAUCUUCUUGUUAGGAUCUGCCAUUAUAAAAUGGUGGAACUGCUUUUUAAUAGGGUGGAUGCAAAAUCCAUUAAAGAUAGAAUCACUCCUAUUGUUUCUAAUCAACUGUUGAUGCAGCAUGCAACUAGUGAUUCACGUGCAAAAAAUGAUCCUGCUGACUUUCCUUUCCCAGAGAACAUUAUUUUGUGGCGUGAAUUGCAUAUUGCAGCAUACAACUGUCUUGCAGAAAUUGUUAUGCGGACACAAGAUCAGGAAAAAUUGUAUGCAGUUCUUUUUAAAGAUUUCCCCGGAAAACCUCUUUGGCAAAACAUCGUUGAUUGCUCAAAGGUUUAUAAUAGCUUUCUUGUAGAAACUUCAAUGGUGAAAACUUCAUAUCUUGCUGUGAAGAGCAUGCGAUCAGAAAGAAGUCAUGCAAAGAGAAGCAGUGGGGUUUCUUCACUUUCAUCUCAAUAUAUUGUUGGUGCAACACUUACAGAUGAACCGGCUUUAAUAAACACGUUUUUAAAUGAUUCCCAAAAAAGAACUGGAGAUGAAGUAAAUGUGGAUGUUAAAGAUAAUGGUAGUGGUCAGGCUGUAGCAGAAAGCUUUCAAGUGAAUGACUUGAAUACCAUCCAAAAUAAUGGGGAGGAGGUCAUUGAGAAAGAAGAAAUAGAUCAAGAUGAUUUUGAUCGACAUCCAUCUAUGGGAAUUAUCCUACGGUUGAUAGAGCAUUGCCAACAAAAAUUCAGUGUGAAAUUGCCUAAUGAUGGAAUGCCAGAGUGGAUGAAAUCUCUGUAUGCAACAUUGGCAAAUGUUGUCGCCCCUAUUAAUGUAUGUUUGUUCAUAGCAAAAAUUAUCAGCAAAGCACGAAAGGUGCUUGCACCAUUUGCUUCCACCUGGUUCAAGCCAUAUCUACAAGUUAUUCUAAGAGAUCCUGAUCUUUCUGGAGGGAGAACUUUUCAUUACAUGCUUAGAGACAUAUGCAUCACUUUAUUAGAGUGGAAUUUGCCUGUCCCUCCUGAUGUUCCUGUAGCUUCUUCUUUUGUGAACCAUUUAAUUUCAGUGGCAGCUCACACAUCAAAGUUGGUUUUACAGGCUAACUUAGAAGUAAUAAGGCUUUACAUACAAACAUGGAAAGAUUCAAUAAGCCUCGAUAGAGGUGCAGUUAUUCACUAUCUUACCAUUGGUGGAGGAAACCCAAAUAUGAAUGACAAAUCAGUAGGCAUGAACAGAUCUGUUGGGUUGCAACUUCUUGGGGUAAUGGCAGUUUCAGGUAUCUCAUUGUGUGGUUCAUCAGACAAUUUUACAGUGUCUGAGGAGGGUCUCUGUAAGGCUCUUCUUCUUAAUGUAAGAUACAAACUGAAAAAUGUAUACAAUGCUGCAGCAGAACUUAUUGGAAUGGUAUUAAAACACACAGAAGAAGGAAAACUCAGCAUCAAGGAACACAUGCUGCAGUCACCUCUGAAACAAAUUCUUUUGUCACUUUUCAAAGAUGGGGAUGCUGGGCAUUUUUUGAAUAUUACCGACAAAAUAACCAUCCAUUUUCCUCCUUUUCUUGAUAGCUAUGCUGCAAUGGUUCUGGAUCUAUUGCCACGCAUACAUGGUGUGUUUAAGGUAACUGCUCUGGAUAUUCUUCUAAGGAGAUCAGAUUCCAUUCCUAAUCUUUUCAACUCAAUUGCGCCCUUUCUAUCAAAACUUCUGACACACCGGGAUAAAAUUGCUCAGUUAAAGUCUCUUCAACUGGUUUCUGAGCUUGUCAAGGACCUACCUAAUUCAAAGUUAACAGAAAAGGUGCUUCCUGUUUUAUAUGAGGCAUUCACCGAUCAUGAAGAUAGUGAUUGUCGGCAAUUAUAUUUCAACAUUCUGAUUUUCUUAUACAAAGAGAAGGGGAUGGACAAGAACGAGUUACUGCAUCAUCAUUUAUUACUAGGCCUCAGUGAUGAUUCAGAUGCAGUGAAGCAUAAUCUUCAAAGUUUUUGGCAUUCAGAGCUUUCUCGUGAUCUUUGUCCACGCUUCCUUCAGAUGGUAAAUGACAUAUACGAUGGAGAUGUUGAAGACCAGUGGUCACAGAUUACAGUUAAUCUUUUGCUGAAGCUUUGUGAAGAAUCAGUUGAUUUUGGGCGUCCAGUAUUCAAUGCUCCGCUUUCUGAUUGUGAAUUCUUUGAGUACACUAUUAACACAUCUUGGUUAGGUGGAACACUGCCAAUGACUCCUCUCUUUUCAGAAACACAAACACAGCUAACUAAUCUAAAUUCACUUGAUAAUACCAUUCAAGGCUCAGGUAGUGUUGAUACCAAAGGCAAGGCCCAAAGUCAAAACAUCAUACGUGCAACAUAUGUACCAUCACAACUUCUAUCACUUUCACAGACACAGAGUUCUAUAACUGGAGAUGUACAAGCGGGAAGUUCCCUUUUUGCACUUUCACAAUAUGAAGGAAAUAGUAGUGUAGACAGCUUUCAACAAGGAGGAACUUUAAUUGAUAAAGGCACCACACUAAAACGCCGAAUUUUACAAUCCAGCCUUGCAAAUUCUCAAGCUAAAAUCAAUGCAAUAAAUGCUGCACGCAGAAGGCAAUCCCAGUUGUCACAGCAAUCUCUGGAACGAGCAAACAAGGUGCAAAUGAUGAGGAAAUAUCGGAUAGGGGAACUUCCAGACAUCGAAAUUGCAUACAAGGAUGUUAUAAUUCCUCUGUCAAUUUUAUCUGAGAAAGAUAAUGUGUUUUCUAGGCUCUUCCUUGUUGUCCUUUGCCAGUCUAUAUAUUCUCUACAUCCUGACGAACUGCACAAAGCAGAGCAUGAAUUGAAACAUACAGUAAGAGAUGGCAUUGAGGCAGCAUUGAAGAGGACUAGAAAUGGAGCAUCAUUUGUUGGCUGUGCAAUGGAUAUUUGUUUGGAGACUAAGGAGUCUUGGAUACAGCCAAAAAUUGUUGGUUCUGCUUCUCAAAAGUCAAGAAAUUUUCAUACUGGAAUCCUUUUUUUAGAAAAUGCAAUUUUACAUGAAACACCUGCAGAUGAGGUGCAUAAAGCCAGUAUAAAGAGGCAUUGUGGACCAACAAGAAAAGUUCGUAAGGAAAAUUCUGUCAUUGAAGCUUGGUUAGAGCUUGUGAAGUUGUAUGAGUCAAUUGGAGAACAUGAUGUGGUCCUUUCUAUUUACAAAACAAGCCUUACCAAGGCAGCAAUAACUGGACAUGCUUUGGAGUCUCAGUUGCAUGGGGAUUCUAACAAAGCUCUUCAGCUUUAUGACAAUGCAAUCAAUCAAUUUGAAGGGGCAAAUACUGAAGGUAUUGAUAUCACUAGUGUAGAACAAGAUUUGUGGUACAACCAGCGCUUGCAGUGUUUGGUAGACUUGAAUCGGUGGCAAGAUGUAAUGGAGGACACACUCCUUCAGAUUAAUAAAGAGGCAUUAGAAGAACCUGACUUUCAGAUAUUGUGGUCUUCAGGCAUACAAGAUCCUUAUCUAUAUCUUUUCAUCAAGGGAUCUCUUAAGUUACCAACAUACAGUUCAUUAUUAACAGAUUUUGUACAGGGUGCACUUGAAAAUGCUACAAAAAGAGAGUUGUUAUAUGAUGAGUUCAGUGUAGAGCUUGCAACUUUAGCUGUAAUAAACGAUCAGUUUGACCUUGCCAAAUUUUACAUUCAAAAGGGUUUUGACAGUUUCAUAAGGCAUUGGUCAUCCAUUCAUCCUCUUGCAACUGUGAGCAGACAUCUACUAGUAAGGCAGCUUCAGCGUAUCGUAGAACUGGAUGAAUUCAUUGAGGUGAUCCCAGUUACAAGUGUAAGGGUUCAAUUGCAGAGCUUGCUUGCAUUGUGGCGGAAUCGUUGGCCCACAGCUGAGUUUGAUGAUGUUGAGGCUUGGGAUGACAUUGUACAAAAUAGGCUCCUGUAUAUUCAGAAGUCUCAAGAUCUUGUAAGAAAACAUGCAGACAAUGAAAAUUCUACCAGGCUUCUGGGUGCUGAUUUGGGUUCAGAACACGCUUGUAUCUUUUUUCAGGCUGCCAGAGGAUUGAUGAAACAAGGUUCAUAUGAUGCAGCACAGGGAUACAUGAAUCAGUAUAUGGCAGUAAUUGAGGGCUCUUCGAAAGCAGAGAAGCUGGAUUUCAAAUUUUUCAAGGCACUUGUGAAGCUAAGAUGUCUUCAAGCAGACCGUGAAUCAACUGUGAAUUCCUAUGAGGCAAUCAAGAUGCUUCACCAGGUUCGUGAGUAUGUCACUACCACUGCUGAAAAACAAAAAUAUCGAACCCAAAUAAGUUGGCAAACUGGUUUGAAGUUGCUCAAAGGAGAUGUAACAUCUCAGCUAGCACAAGUUUCAUUAAAGGUUUUGACAGUAGAUCAUAGUAGCUCAAGGGCUGUUGAAAACUGCAUUUCAUUACUAAGUUCUGCAUACAUGACAUAUUCAGGCUUGCUUGGGGAAGUUGCAACUAUUGGACAUCUUGAAAAAGACAACCUGUUUUCACCUAAAAGGCUUGCUAAAGUUUUCCUUAAGUUUGCAUUCUUCUGUGAUGAGCUUCUCACUUCUACAAAAUAUGGCCAGUGGGGAAGCCAAGUCCAAUCUCGAAUCAAAGAGGGGAAUCCUGUGACCGGACUGCCACAUUCGUCUGUGUACCCCUCCAUUAUUGUAAAAUACAUAAUGAAGGCUGUACAGUUGGAUAAUUCAAUGCAAGUUCAGCAUGGCAUUGCAAGAGUGUUAACUAUGCUAGGUCAUUACAAAGAAACACAUUCAGAAUUCAGAGCACAAAUGAAGGGCACACCAUGUUGGUUGUUUAUAGCCUGGAUACCUCAGAUGCUUGCUGUUGUUGACAGAGAUGAAGGAGAAAUUCUUGUGGGCUUGCUGGAAGAGAUUGCUCAAUAUUAUCCACAAGCUUUAUAUUUUUCUUUCAGUGUCAGCAGAUCAGAUUUUGGAACUUUGGGGCAAGAAAGAACAAAAAGACUGGAAACACUUUUGAGCAAUCCAAUUAUGAAGGGAUUUACUCGUGCUCUUGAGGACCUCACAUUCCCAGAGCAGCGUUUACGGAAUGGCCUUACACUUUUGAAAAGCCUUCUAAGUGUAGGAGAUAGAAAGGGAGCUCAGAGAGCAUUUCAUGACAUUUUUGAAGACAGUUUGGAUGUGAGAUGUAUGAUGGAUGACAAUAGAAAGUCAGGGGAGUAUAAUCUCAAGUUUGCCCGUGAUUAUUCAAAAAGAAUUUUGAAGGCAUUAGGUGAGAAUGGAAGCAAACUUAAAUCCAUGGAUGAAGGGCAUUUAACUGAGGCUUUAAAAGAUGUCAUGAUAAAUCUGACAAACAGUCAAAAGAACUUGCAGGUUGGAAAGAUCAGCUUAAGCUCUCUUUCAAAAUGGAUGGCAGAUUUUGAUGGAUCUUAUUCAUUAGCGUAUGAUAAGGAAGAACAUAGCAAAACCGUUAUAGAAAUCCCUGGAAAUUACAGCAGUUUUAAGAAGCCGGAACCUAUUUCUCAUGUAAAACUGAUGAGCUUUGAUCAGACAUUGCAGUCUUUGAGCUCCAAACAGCGACCUAAGAUUUUGAAAAUGCGAGGGUCAGAUGAGCAGGACUUCAAGUUUGUAGUGAAGGGAGGAGAGGACUUAAGACUUGACCAGAGGAUUGAGCAGCUGUUUGAUGUCAUGAAUACAGUCUUGCUCAGGGACUCUUCUUGUGCUAAGAGGAAGCUCUCUUUACGAACAUAUGCUGUCAUUCCGAUAUCAAAACAGUGUGGCAUUAUGCAAUUUGUUGAGGGGACAACCGUUUUGGAAGAUGUCAUUAAGGAUGGGUUAAUGCAUAAACUGCCAAAUGCUGUGCAACAGGGUUCAAGACAGGGAAGGAAUACUCCAGUGGGUCUUCUGAUGCACGUGCGCACCCAGUACCAUGAGUGGAUCGGAAAAAAAGGAGCUUCAAAAAAUGUGUCUGAAAGCUACACAAAUAUGUACAGAAAUGUUGGAGCAGAUGAAGUCAUACAGAAAAUGACUGCUUUGAUGUCUCAGUUACCUUGGGAUGCCCUCAAAAUUGGCAUUUCAAGGCUGGCAACUAGUGCUGAAUCUUUUCUUGCAUUACGAUCUCAGUUUGUUCAAAGCUUAUCUGUCUUGAGUAUCUGUGGUUACAUUGCUGGAGUUGGAGAUAGACACCUGUCCAAUUUUCUAAUGGACACAAAAAAUGGAAUGCUUGUUCCUAUUGAUUUUGGGUACAGCUUUGGUACAGGUGUUAUUCUUUUGCCAGUUCCUGAACUAAUACCAUUCAGGCUUACUUCUCAGUUCAUAAAUUUACUUUUGCCAUUAGAUUCUAUUGGACUACUUAGGAAUGACAUGGUUCGUACAUUAUCAGCACUGCAUGCAAAUCGUGAAAUUAUUUCUGCUAUACUGGAUAUUUUUGUGAACGAGCCAUUGGUUGACUGGAAAAAUGAGGCCAUGAAAACUGCAGCCUUGCAGCAGCCAGAAUUUUCAGGUGGUGGUUCUGAAAGCCAACCUCGUCAAGUAAGUUCACAUGAGCAAAAACAUGUGGCACUUAAGGUUGAAAAUGCUCAUCGUAAACUUAAUUUUUGGAACCCAGCAGAUAUCACCAUAUCUGAGCUCCAUUCCUCAGUCCAUUUCAGCAAGCCCUACCUAUCUGAUCUGGAGAAAAUUGUCCGUGGCAGUCCUGAACAUAACAUCCGGGCUCGGAUCCAAAGAACUGUGUGUGAAUCUAUACAGGAACAAGUAGACUGUCUAAUUGAUCAGGCUACCGAUAUUAAUCUUCUUGGUCGGAUUUGGGUUGGAUGGCAACCCUGGCUUUAAUAUAGAUAAGAAAUAAUCCUGUGCAUAUAAUUCUUUAAUACCUUAUGUUUGUGUCUAAUUUGUACAGAGCACUCUGGAUGCACCACAUUAGUUGUUAUAUAAUUUAUAGCAAUUCUGCAGGAUUAUCACUUGGGGGUGUUUUUUUCCCACGUUUUUAAAUUCAUGAUGUUUGAUAAUGCAUUAAAUUGUCUAUAAGACUCCGAUAAAAUGAGUGUUUCAGGAAACUUGUUCUGUCACGUUCAUUUAUCUCUCAAUAGAAUACAGGUUAUGGCACU